AUGGUUGGAAUCCCCGGCACUUCCAAAGGCUGCACCACUUGCAGAAGACGGAAAGUCCGCUGCGAUCUCAAGACCCCAUGUUGCGCCCGCUGCACCAAUACUGGAAGGAAGUGUGAGGGAUACGUCAGAGACUGGCGGCAAAGAAUCGCCGAGACGUCUGUCAAACAGACCGCCGAUACCCGUAUCGUCUUCCAGCCCAACGGCGCCAAUGCCUUUGACAAUCAGAUCAUAUCUCUCUUCUGGGAGAGGUACAUCCCCUCCACCGACGAGAGCGUUUCUGAUGGCUCCCCCUGCGGCUGGCUUCAACAAGUCAUAUCUUCCCCCAGCCCGCCAGACACAGACGCCUUGCAGCUGUCGCUCAAGGCGUUGACCAUUACUAGGCUGGGUCGGAUGAAUCAGGACGAUAGGCUGGCUCUGCAAGGGCAAUCGUGCUAUGUUCGUGCCUUGCACCAGCUGCAAAAGGCUCUGAGGUCCGAUCAUGCUGUGGGGCAAGAUGAAACAUUUGCGGCGGGUUACGUCCUGGCACUUCAUGAGCUGUUCGAAUCCGAGUCGCUCGUGACGUCCAUGGAAGCAUGGAGAAAGCACAUGACUGGUUUAGAAGCACUGGUGUCGUUGCGGGGCCCUCAAAAGCAUCGCUCUCCGUUGGGCCGAGCACUCCUGGAGGAGUUCCGUGCUUCAUUGAUGAUAACAUGUCUACAAGACCGUAGAGCAUCCGUCCUAGCGACCCCGAAGUGGCUAGCACAAGACUGGGACGAAACAUCGAACAGCCUCCACCCAUCAAUUUACGACAAAGGCCUCGUCCUAGCCUCUCUCCUGGAGGAAAUAGAUAAGGCGGAUCUCUCAUCCGCCAACGACUCAACCCAGUUCUACUUCCUCCAACGAUGCCUCGGCAUGGACACUGAUCUUGACAUCUGGUACGAAGAGUUCCUCAUCCGGACCCCAUCAUCAUCACACUGGCCGACGCCAACGAUAAUUCGUUCCGACUCCCCCAGCUCAAACCUUGGCCCAAAGGGACAAACCCGGCUCUCUUUUACAAAUCUGUCCAUCGCCAGCACGACAGUCACAUUCUGGGCUCUCAAGAUCACAAUUAGCAACACCAUAGCGACGACAUGCUCCACCAUCCUCUCAUCCAACUCCCGCAGACAAAGUGUCGUAUCCCUCGAUACUGUCGACUCGAUUUCUACCGGUCUCGAUCAGGUACCGGACAACUCCGAUCCGGCUUCGACUCCCGAUGAAGUAACCGCCAAGGCGCAACGGCUAUCGCAUCAGUACAACUUCGUUCAACGUAAAGAUUUUGCGACGCUUAUCGUGCGAUCGAUGCCUUAUUGUUUAAACUUCAACAUGGGCUUGCUAGGACCGCAAAGGGCCUUCUUCGCAUUGCGCACAGCGCUUGGUAUGUUGAGGAGCAACCCGAGUCCGGAGCAGAAAUGGGUCAAAUCGAACCAUAAAAAAUUGGCCGAGAGGUACGUGAGAUCGAUGCGGGAACUUCGCUGCAGCGGCAUAAAUCUUCUUUCCAACAUUCGCUGCUCUUUGCCUAAUGCUCACCAGUAUAACCUUAUCCACGAAUUCUUUCUGGCAACCUACGAUGAGCUUUCGACCAGUAGGCCGUUACGUAUAAAACGGCCGAGCCUCCCCCCCCCGGCGUUUCCGGGUAGACCCGGCGCCACUACCGCCACGACGUCCUGUCCACCGUCCCGAGGGGUACGCCCCCGUCUCAUCAUCUUCCAUCCACACCCCCGGUCGACGCUAACCAGCCCACCAGACCCUCCGGAAUCUAUCUUGCAUCAGCGUAUCUAG